CUCUCUCCCCACUUGCAAACACUUACUUUAACUCAACCAUAGUUUACUACCAACCACACCCCCCAUUUCCUUCCCUUUAUUUAUAUCCCAACUCCACCUCAAUUCGCAUUCUCCAUUCCCCUUAUCAUUAUUCCUUAACCACCCUAGUUACUCACCUUCUCUUUUAUUUUGUUUCAUGUGAGGGAUAGAGAUUCUGUAACACAAGAAAAAAAUAGUAACUAUGAGUUGCAAUGGCUGCCGUGUUCUUCGAAAGGGUUGCAGUGAGUCGUGUAUUUUGAGACCUUGUUUACAGUGGAUUGAAACUCCAGAAGCUCAAGGUCACGCUACUGUUUUCGUAGCUAAAUUCUUCGGUCGCGCUGGUCUUAUGAACUUUAUUUCCAACGUCCCUGAACCACAAAGACCAGCUUUGUUUCAAUCUUUACUAUUUGAAGCGUGUGGAAGAACGGUUAAUCCUGUAAACGGUGCCGUGGGACUUCUCUGGACUGGGAACUGGCACGUGUGUCAGGCGGCGGUCGAGACGGUUCUUCGCGGCGGCAUGCUUAGGCCUUUACCGGAGUUGACAGGUAUGAACGCGCCUCCUACGUCUGAUGAAGCAUCGGAAGCGGAAGACGCUGGCACAGACGCAAUUUGGAGGAUCCGAGAUCCGAAUCAGAAUUUUCGGUUACCGAGCUCGAGAUCUAAUAAUAAAGUCGCUUCUGGUGUGAAACGCAGACGAUCGGAGGAUUUUGUGAAGAUUCCGGCGGCAAUUAACCUUGAUCUCCGAUUGACGCCGAUUUUUCAGCAGAAAGGAGUGGAGAACCGCCAGCCUGGAUCGCCGUCGAUGACGUCGGAGGAAUCCGUGACUACGACGGCGUGUUUGGAGGCUGGGAUCGGAGAAAAGUGGAGUCACGGUGGUGAUAGGAAAGUUCUCAACCUUUUCAUAUGAGGACUUUCUUUGUUUGUGAUGCGUGUGUGACUCACGCGCGCGUGGUAACGUUCCUUUGUUUUGCUUACAAUACUCAUUGUGGUGGAAAGGGAUAAAACGGUUUUGUAGUUCGACGAGUUUUCGUGAGUUACCACCGGUUCAGGAUUUCUCUGGAGAGAAAAAUGAUGGUUCGUCGGUGAAAUUUUUUUUUUUUUACUGUCUUUUGUUUUUUAUUUUCUAGCAAAUAUGAGACAUGCAAACCUGUGUAACCGUGGAAGAUCAAUAUUAAAUGAAAUGAAAUAAAAUAAAAUAAAUAGUUUUAUUUAA